AUGAAACAGCUCCCCACGCGCCACCCGCGCUCGCUCUCGCACGCAGAUUUAUUUGUGCAGCUCCCAGGUGGGCGCGGGGCGCGGGGCGGACGCGGGUGCAGCCCCGGGAGCCAAGCCAACCCGGAGCUCCUAAGCGGCAGGCAGCGCUCGGCGGGGCGUGGAACCUGCCCGGCCCGCCCGGGAAACUUGGCUCCCCGCGGCGUUUGCCUAUCUGUGUGCAUGGAGUUAAAAUGGAGAGAGCAAACGAAGGAGGAAUCUGAUGAUGUAGAAAGAGCAUUAGUGUGGAGAAUCAGAAGAACGGUGCUGGGCUUGGCACUGCCUGCAGGACGUCGUUCAAGCAGUUCGCUCUCUUCUGACCUAGAUUACCAGUUGCUUCGUUUUACUGAAUCAUCCCCAUGGGCAUACAGACAUCCUGGAACUCGAGAAGUGUCUGCAUACCUGUACUUCAUCCAGAGAAUCCAGCUGAAGUUACUAGGUAGCAGAACAAGCACCAAUAUGUACUUUAUUUUUACUUGGAUUAUCACUUGCUUUUAUCUUCAACUGCUCCUAUUUAAUCCUCUCGUCAAAACUAAAGGGAUCUGCGGGAAUCGUGUGACUAAUAAUGUAAAAGACGUCACAAAAUUGGUGGCAAAUCUUCCAAAAGACUAUAUGAUAACCCUCAAAUAUGUCCCCGGGAUGGAUGUUUUGCCUAGUCAUUGUUGGAUAAGCGAGAUGGUAGUACAGUUGUCAUACAGCUUGACUGAUCUGCUGGACAAGUUUUCAAAUAUUUCUGAAGGCUUGAGUAAUUAUUCUAUCAUAAACAAACUUAUGAAUAUAGUGGAUGACCUUGUGGAGUGUGUGAAAGAAAACUCAUCUAAGAAUGUAAAAAAAUCACCUAGGAGCCCAGAACCCAGACUCUUUACUCCUGAAGAAUUCUUUAGAAUUUUUAAUAGAUCCAUCGAUGCCUUCAAGGACUUUAUGGUGGCAUCUGAAACUAGUGAUUGCGUGGUUUCUUCAACAUUUAGUCCUGAAGAAGAUUCCAGAGUAAGUGUCACAAAACCAUUUAUGUUACCCCCUGUUGCAGCCAGCUCCCUUAGGAAUGACAGCAGUAGCAGUAAUAGGAAGGCCGAAAAUUCCACUGGAGACUCCAGCCUACACUGGGCAGCCAUGGCAUUGCCAGCAUUCUUUUCUCUUGUAAUUGGCUUUGCUUUAGGAGCCUUAUACUGGAAGAAGAGACAACCAAAUCUUACAAGGGCAGUUGAAAACAUACAGAUGAAUGAAGAGGAUAAUGAGAUAAGUAUGUUGCAAGAAAAAGAGAGAGAGUUUCAAGAAGUGUAA